GGCACUCAGGCCUGCUGGCAGGUGUAUUAAAUGUAGCUGCAGAACUGAAUACUGUUACUGCAGGAACAUCAAGGUGUGGAAGAAUCCUAGAGAGGCAAAGAUGAUGAUGCAGUUCCUUGUAUGGACUGCUUUGCUUUUUGCAGUCUCGACACAGGCUUGGGGUGAUGAAGAUGGGGAUGGAGAGGAAGAUGGGAUGUCGGGUCUAGCGUCCCUUUUGGGAGGUGGUGGGGCUGGCGGUGCUGGCGGCUUAAUGAACAUGCUUGGAAAUGGUGGUGCUAGUAAACUAAUGAAGAUGCUUGGAAAUGGUGGUGCUAAUAAACUAAUGGAACUUGCACCUAUGUUUGCUGGAGCUGGUGGUGGUGAUGAAGGAGAUGGUCCAAAUCCUAUGGCCAUGUUGUCUGCGCUUUCCGCAGGUGGUGAUGAUGAGGAAAGUGGUGGUGGUGCUAUGGUAAGAAACUCUCCCUUUUAAUUUCAGGGCAAUGCUGAGGGCAGGGUUAAGCAUGUGGCCCCAAUCACCAUAUUUCCUCUACACACACAAGUAGGCUGUGAGGAGGCCUAAAGUAUCCCAUCAAAGCUGGAUCUUAAACAAAACAUCUAAAGAAGGCUCAUAAGUUGGUUCGAAUUCUACAAUGUGUUGUCAAAGAAGAGCUAAAUUUCAUUUCCUGUCUUCCAUGUACAGAAGGAUUAACACAUUUUCUUUCCUUUGUAGGGAAUGCUUGAGAAGCUUUCGGUAAGAAACCAUA